AUGACUGACCAGGAUGCGUUCGCUAUCCAGAAGACCAUCAUGCAGACUGAAUUUCCUUUUAUGGUGGUCAAAUCACUUCAAUUUGCACUAUUCCGGACAUACGGCAUUCCGACCAUUUCCACCCUCCUAUUGAAAACCUCCCAGUUCUCCGACUCCGCCACUUCCUUCAAACGAUAUGCAGAUACAGGCGCGCUCAUUGGAGAAUUCAUGGCGUUCAACCCGUCUUCCGAUCGAGCACAAACAGCCAUCGCCCGGACCAAGUUCUUACAUCAAGGAUACCGAGCCAGCGGGAAGAUCCUCGAAGACGACAUGCUCUACACGCUCGGCCUGUUCGCGACAGAGCCAAUCCGAUUCGUCAAACUCUACGAGUGGCGUGAGAUGACUGAAAUGGAACGCUGCGCCGUUGGCACAUAUUGGAAAAGUCUGGGCGAUGCAUUGGAUAUCAGCUAUGACACUCUGCCUUCCGGCAAAACCGGGUUCCGGGACGGGCUUCACUGGCUAGAAGAGAUCAGCGCGUGGAGCCAGCGGUACGAAAUGCAACAUAUGAAGCCACAUCCCCGAAACAAAGAGAUUGCCGAGAAGACGAUUGACGUGUUGGUGUACAACUUGCCUGGAUUCAUGAAGCCGCUUGGCUUGUACGUCGUGUCAUUCUUGAUGGAUGAGCGUCUUCGCAAUGCCAUGAUGAUCGAUCCUCCUCCGGCGAUUGUCAGCAUGAUCGUCGGCACCGCUUUGCACUUGCGCCGCCUCGGCCUACGCUACCUUGCCCUCCCCCGUCCGAAUUUCUUGCGUCUGGAUGUCUUCACCGACAAGCCCAACGAGUAUGGCCGGAAUUAUUUCCUGUUAUACGAAGGGGCUCCGUUCUAUGUGCAGCCCACGCUCUGGAACCGCUGGGGUCCGGUUGCUUGGUUCCAGCGGGCGCUGGGACUUCCAUUGCCGGGGGACGAUGGGGACAAGUAUUACCCGCAAGGCUACUACACUCCUGACGUAGGGCCUAAGUAUUUCGAAGGCAAAGGUCGCAAGGAACUGGAGGUGAUUAAGGCAGCUCUUCGGCAACAGCGAUUGGGUCAGUGUCCGUUUCCAUGA